AUGCAAGGGGAAUACCAAGGUUUAAGAUCUCAUAUCCAAUCACAGAAUCCACGGGCUGUAUAUAUUUGGUGUUUUGCGCAUAUACUAAAUCUAGUUGUUGUAGAUGUAUGUGAAUCUAACAUAGAUAUCAAAAUUUUUAUUUCUAAUAUCCAAGCUUUGACUACAUUCAUGUCAGCUAGAAAACGAACAGCAGACUUUGUUGAAGCUCAACUAUCAUUAUACCCAAAUAUGAGAGUACAAAGAAUGAAAAAUUUGUCCACUACUCGUUGGACCUCACACGAUCGUGCAGUUAAUGUAGUUUUUCUUAAAUACUUGGCUGUUAUAGUAACUUUAGAAAACCUCACUAAGUCACCUGAUACUAGCACAGCAUGCCAAGCAAAGGAAGCAUUACAUUUAGUGGAUAGUGCACAAGAUCGAAUGAAAAAAUUAAGAACUGAAGAAAUAUUUAACAACUUAAUGGAUGAAGCCAAAUCAUUUGCUACACUGUAUAAUUUAGAAGAAACUAGUUUAAAAGAAGAUCAAAUAAGGAGAAAAACAAAAAUGCCUGGUGAAAAUUGCAGAGAUGAAGCUCCCACUAAUGUUAUUAACAAGUUUAAGAUAAAUGUAUAUUUCUAUACUUUGGAUAAAAUAAUUGGUACACUAGACAGUCGUUUUCAAUCCAGUCGCGGUCUAUUAACAGAUCUCAGUAGACUAUCAUAUGCUCGUAUUAAAGAUGCAGCAAAAAACUCAUUUCUUCCUCCAAAUACAUUUUUAGAACUUCAUAAAUGGUUUCCUGAAAUAAAUGUAAGCAAUUUACAAUCUGAAUAUUUGGCUUUUGCAGCAAGUUUUGAUUCUUUGGAAGUUGGUGUUACUAAUCCGGAAAUAUCUAAAAUCUCUGUUCAACAGUCAACUAAUAUUAAUGAGAAUGAUGAGAUUGAUAGUGAAAGUGAAAAUGAAGAAGUUUCUCAUACGAAUGAUAAACAAUUUGGUUUUGCUUCUCGAAUGGUCCAAAUGAUGAGUAGUUAUGGUUUAAUGGCUUCGUUUCCUAAUUUAUAUCUAGCUUUUAAAGCCAUGUGCACUAUUCCUGCAUCUUCUGCUUCUACGGAACGAGUAUUUUCUAAGGUAAAGAUAAUAAAGAAUAGACUAAGAACAACCAUCGGACAAAAGAUAUUGGAAUCUUUAAUGCUUUUAUCUUGUGAAAAAGAUAUUGCUCUUGAUUUAGAAGAAGCAUUAAAUAGAUUUGGUAAAUCUUCUCAACUGCUAGAAAGAGCUCUUUUAUUUAAAUAA